AUGGCACUGCCUGCGUGUGCAGCCCAGGCGCUGUGGCCGCCGCGGCAACCAGAGCGAGGAGCUACCGCCUGCACCACCUGUCCCCGCCGGCAUUCCAGAGUGGAGGCCGAGUUGGCAGGAAGCCAGCCCGGCUCUGCCGCUGCCUCAGUCCGCCAGGGCCCUCUUAGGGGUGUGUCUCGCGGAUUCAACUCCUGGCUGCUCCAGGAGGAGCCCCGAAAGGCGUCUUCCUCCCAGGCGGGAGCCAAGCGCGCCCCGCUCUUCGCGCUGCUGCCCCGAGGCCGCCGCAGGCGGAUGCACGACUUCAGGCGACGCUGGGACCUGGGGUACCUCUGCCGGGCCCUGCUCACUCGGGGCCUGGCCGCCCUGGGCCACUCGCUGAAGCACGUGCUCGGUGCGAUCUUCUCCAAGAUCUUCGGCCCCCUGGCCAGCGUCGGGAACAUGGAUGAGAAAUCCAACAAGCUGCUGCUGGCUUUGGUGAUGCUCUUCCUCUUUGCGGUGAUCGUCCUCCAGUAUGUGUGCCCCGGCACAGAAUGCCAGCUCCUCCGCCUGCAGGCGUUCAGCUCCCCGGUGCCGGACCCGUACCGCUCGGAGGAUGAGAGCUCCGCCAGGUUCGUGCCCCGUUACAAUUUCAGCCGCGGCGACCUCCUGCGCAAGGUAGACUUCGACAUCAAGGGCGAUGACCUGAUCGUGUUCCUGCACAUCCAGAAGACCGGGGGCACCACUUUCGGCCGCCACCUGGUGCGCAACAUCCAGCUGGAGCAGCCUUGCGAGUGCCGCGUGGGCCAGAAGAAAUGCACUUGCCACCGGCCGGGGAAGCGGGAGACCUGGCUCUUCUCCCGCUUCUCCACCGGCUGGAGCUGCGGGCUGCACGCCGACUGGACCGAGCUCACGAGCUGCGUGCCCGCCGUGGUGGAUGGCAAGCGCGACGCCAAGCUGAGACCAGCCAGGAACUUCCACUACAUCACCAUCCUCCGAGACCCCGUGUCCCGCUACCUAAGUGAGUGGAGGCAUGUCCAGAGAGGGGCGACGUGGAAGGCCUCCCUGCAUGUCUGCGAUGGAAGGCCCCCGACCUCAGAGGAGCUGCCCAGCUGCUACACUGGCGAUGACUGGUCUGGCUGCCCCCUCAAAGAGUUCAUGGACUGCCCCUAUAACCUAGCCAACAACCGCCAGGUGCGCAUGCUCUCUGACCUGACCCUGGUCGGCUGCUACAACCUCUCUGUCAUGCCUGAAAAGCAAAGAAACAAGGUCCUGCUGGAAAGCGCCAAAUCCAAUCUGAAGCACAUGGCGUUCUUCGGCCUCACUGAGUUUCAGCGGAAGACCCAGUAUCUGUUUGAGAAGACCUUCAACAUGAACUUCAUUUCGCCCUUUACCCAAUAUAACACCACAAGGGCCUCAAGUGUGGAGAUCAAUGAGGAAAUCCAAAAGCGUAUCGAGGGACUGAAUUUUCUGGAUAUGGAAUUGUACAGCUAUGCGAAAGACCUCUUUCUGCAAAGGUAUCAGUUUAUGAGGCAGAAAGAGCAUCAGGAGGCCAGGCGGAAGCGUCAGGAACAACGGAAAUUUCUGAAGGGAAGGUUCCUGCAGACCCAUUACCAGAGUCAGGGUCAGGGUCAGAAUCAGAAUCGGAGUCAGAGUCAGAAUCCCAAUCCGAACCCCAAUCCGCAUCCCAGGCAGAACCUGACUCAGACUCUGAUUCAGAAUCGGACUCAGAGCUCGAGUCAGAAGGAAAGCCAGAAGGAGAGCGCAGGCCCCGAGGCCAGCGAGGGCAAUGCCAGCAACGGCACCCAUGAUUACCUAGGCAGUGUAGAGAAAUGGCGCUAAGUGGCCCCGCAAGGCGUCUGCCCACUGCUCCCAAAGCGCCACUAACAAGAUGGCACGUCUUAAAAGAUGAGAGUGUCCAAAACACAUCCUGCUUCCUUAAUCUGGGAAGUGACCAAAAGAAAAAAAAAAGUUAAGAUAUUACCUUUACAGUUGCCUUUCGGUUACAUGUUAGACUGUGCGUGGGUAAAACCAAUCUCAGUAUGUAAUGAAAUUGUCUUUUUUCUUUUACUCUCUUAGUUUCAGGGACUAUUUAGAAAAUCUCAAAGCUAAACCAGACUCGCCAGAAAUUGCUGUUUAGCAAUUUUAGACAACUCUGAAAUUAGCUUCAGAGACAAAAUGGAAAACUUAAAAAAUGUGACCGUUUCAUUGACACAUAGACUGGAAAGGCUUCAGGAUACGCUGGCUGUUCCAACCCGAUCUUGGAAGCAAAGGCGCAUGCGAGCCAGGAAAGGGAGCGCCAAAGCAUUCCUUUGCUUCCGAUGUUUUGGUUUUUUUUAACUCGGAAUCUAUUUAAGCAGAAUAACAGCCGAUGGCAACUUUUACUAAACCCGAAACAAGUUCUCUCCCUCCUCUGGGUGGUUGUAUGUGAAAAUAUUGGCUUUUCAAAUAGAACAGGACUUCUAUCUUGUUAAUUGUGAGAUAUUUGAAAUUUUCAACUUUUUCUACCUUCUGCUAGUCAAAGGUUUUAAACAGGGUGUAUCUCAUGUUAAACAAAGUACAUAUUUCCCCCCCUAAAUGGAAUAACCAAUAUUAGAGCUAAUUUCCGGACACUUUCAGGGCACUGUAAAUUUCAACAAUUUUGCUAUAUUUUGGGCGCUGUUUCUCAUUCAUUUUAAGGCUUCUCCAAUUUGUGCUCAUUCCAAAAUAACCCAUUUCUAGACCCUGCCCUUCAUCAUCUGACUGGUGUGUUGCUGAAUUUCUGGUGGUAUGUAGUCCUGGAUUAAAGUCGGGAAUUGCUUUCUCUAGAAUUGUCUCAUCAGUGUUUGUGUAGUGAGGUCCUUGUCAAGACACUCUGGAACAGGAAACCGUGUCAAAGGAUUGCUGAGUUUAUCCUGAUUCACUCUGAACGUGACCUGUUCUUUUCUUUUUUGUACAUCUUUAUUGUAAGACUUCCAGUUGGGCCGGCUAGUUCGAGCCCCAUAGUUCCUUUUCAUGUAGACAAUUACAAGAGCAAAACGGUAGAAUGUGCAUUAGGACAGCCAGCACUUCUUCAGUAACGCCAAAAGCUGGAUGUCAGUAUUUUGCGUUAGGCCUUCAAACAGAUUUUGUGUGCCGGAGGGGCAAAAGGAAAGAAUGUGCUAGAGUGAGGUUAUACAGCAAGAGCAGAUGAAUGGAGAGUGAUUGCUAGUGUAAGUCAAUGCAGAAAUACUUUGAUGUUCUCAACUCUGACUUGAGCAAGAUCAAAUGAAAGUAGAUUAUUGUGCUAUCUAGCAUUGGGGAGUUUCCAUUUUGUAGAGUUGACUGCACUUCUGUUAAGGACUUACACUGAUGCCCCACCCCCUCAGCAGUCAAUCAAACAAGGCGACUGGAAGUGGCACUUCUGCUCUCAGGAGACACAUGCUUUGAGCUAUGACCGUGAAGUCGCGUCUGGUACAGUCUGCUCAUUUGCAUGAUCUAGUUUUGUCUGUAUGAAGAUAGCCACCAGUUAGACCAGAAACUGAGAAGUUAGAUGGAAAGGCGAUGCCCUGGACUCGGCGCUGGUAUCAAUCUAGCUCAAUUAUGUCGGUUCUGACAGCGCUGCAGUCCUGGGAAUUUGGAACGUUGAAAAGCUAGAAGGAAAUUUUAAAAGAGAAAGAGAAAGUUUUCUUUAAUUAUCAUUAUUUUAAAUCAUACCUUGAAGUUCAAGUGUUUUCGAGUGAACUCUUUUGUGUACAGUGUGUUUCUAAAAAUAAAGAUUCUGUAUAUCAUUAUGGUAUAUCAAUUUUGUUUUGUUUCGAGCGAAAAUGUUUGUUCUUGAAAUGGUUGGAGAACUGGACGAAGCCCGAGCCAGUGGAAACGCUUGUUCCAGGAAAUAAAAACAACAAAAACCAUUUUGUGUUAUUGCUGUGGUGUGCAUGGUUUUGCAGAUAUUAAGUGCAUUCUCUCUGUCUAUAUUGAUUAUUGUAUAUAAGGGAUGUUAUAAAUAUACAUUUUGUCACCAUCAUGGUUUCAACUGUAAACAUCUGUCCAAUGGUGUAACUUUACAAAUCCUUCGCUGAAUUUUGUGUAAUUUAACAAUAGUUAUGAAAUAAAGUUUAAGUGACAGGC